GAGGGAAGAUCUUCCUCUUAACUUUCUUUUCAUGAGGAAAUCUUUUUUCUAAGACGAGAUCUUUUUAUUUCCUGGGGCAAUAUCUUUUUCUUAUUAAUUUUGUUUUCCUGAGAAAAGAAUUAAUUCUAAGACGAGAUCUUUUUAUUUUCUGAAGCAAGAUCUUUUUCUUCUUAAUUGCUUUUUUUCUGAGAAAAUCUUUCUUUCUAAGACAAGAUUUAAUUGUAUCUCCAGACCAACCAGUAAGCAGCUUUCUUCUCAUACUGUCUACAUUAGCAUUCUUAGCAUUUGUCUCUUAUUGGCUGGAUAAAAUGACCACUCCAUUUGUUCUGGUCGUGUUCCUGGCCCUCCUGGCCGCUCCAGCCCGCGCUUUCCCGCGGAGUUUCUUCUCCAGAGAUGUGGAAAGCUCUGGAAAUGGACCAGAAGAACCAGCUCGGGGUUCCCUGCGGCUCCACAAGCCCAGCCCGUUCUUCCUGAGGCAGUUCCCGGGCUCGGCUGGAGCUCAGACCCGCGCUGGAGGCGCGCGCAGCCGGAGCCCUUUCCCAGCGUUUUUGGCGCUCGGGCGCGCAGGACCCUCAGAGACCAGCAGGAGGCAGCAGGGUCUGGACAUGUGGAGGAAGAACAUGAAGACAGGACAGCAGGUCGGAGAGCGCGUGGCGCUACCUAUCAACCCCAGAGACCUGAACCUGAAGGACCAGAGCUGCGCUGCGGUCCCCUUCACCCAGCGUAUUUCUGAGCCGGGCUGUGAGACCCUCACCAUCCACAACAAGCUCUGUUUCGGACACUGCACCUCCCUCUUCGUGCCCCCCAGCGGGGGUCCUGUUGGGCACGUGAGCGCGCCGUGCUCGCGCUGUGCGCCCUCCAAAGCGCGCACCGUGCCCGUGCACCUGCGCUGCGGCGCGCAGACGCGGGAGAAGCUCGUGAUGAUGGUGGAGGAGUGCAAGUGCGAAACGGGGCGAGAGGAGGCGCGAGCUGAGGGCAAGGCCACGCAUUUGUAACAACACUGUGUUUGUGUUUAUAAAACUAGAGCACAGUUUUUAACUUUGGAAUUAAUUUCUAAAUAAUUUCUCAUUUCUGACAAUUGAACCAAUUCGAGGUUCAAGAUUUUCUCUGUUCGUUUUUUUUUCUGUAAUUGUUUAUGUUUGUCUGAUAUACUCCAGGCUGGAGUUUAACUCUGUGUUUGUGCAUAACUAAAAAAAACUACCGCAUUUUAGCGGUUCGUGUUAGUCUGUACUGUGUCGACCGUGCGCUUUGCACUUAAUUACGCGUGUCAUUUCCUGUUCUGACCGGCAGAUGUCGCUGUUGCUCUGGUGAAUUAUAUCUGCUUAUCUGAUGCUGUAACUAUUUUAAGUUAUAAACAAAGCAAUACUUUAAACAUCGA